CGUAGCUGAAGUGUGGAAGUAUGUCAGAAUAAUGAUGUUUUGAAAUAGGCCGCACUGGAAGAGAGGUGGUUCCUUAAAAUCUACGGUACCGGCAUUAGGUUUACAAACAUCGAUGCCUUUACGGUUUUGUGUGAAAAAAAAUGCCCCUCGGAGGAGUACUAACCAACAUGACUUCCAUCCCCUUUCAAAAGAGUUUCGAGUACUUGUGUCAGCACUGUGGAAAGGGUCUUGUUAGGCCCAUACAAUUCUCAUUUGACGAAGCUGUUGUUACAUGUGACAAUGAAGACUGUGAAUCUCGAUUGGAUGUGUCGCCUUGGAGCUGCGUUGUUAAUCGUAACAUAAGACAAGUUUAUAUUCCAGCAUCGAAUCCAAGACUCAUUCAGCAUUGGAGUAGAAGUAGCAGUAGUAGCAGUGGAAUUCAAAGUGAUGUCCGAAGUCCUGGAUUCAGCCCAGCUCGUUCUUAUGAUUCUGUAACUGACCGAGAAGUUGAAAACCUUCUUCGAAGAUAUAUAAAUGCUAGACCAAAGAUUGCAGAAGAGAUGGCCCAAUCUUGUUCAAAGCCUAAUAGUGAGAAAGUAAAAGCUGAUGAUCUUAACUCAUUCUCUUCAUUUUUUGAGUUGCUUGAUGGUCUAGAUCUAGAAAGUACAGAUCAGACUUCAGGCAAGGAAUGUCAUAUCAAGACCACACCAGCUGCCUGUGACGAAGUUAAAUUUGACCCUGUUUCCUCUGAAUUAGAGUCUUGGAUGAAGGGUUUUGAAUCUCCUAUGUCAUCCAUCAAGAAAGGUCCUGGUGAAGAUUUUGGUGCUGAGCCAGCAGAAAGUGCUGACGUCAAGAUUCCAUCUCUAAUAGGUUAUACAUUCCAAGUAGAGGUUCAGCCUUUUCACAAGUCUCCCCUAAAAAUGAUUCUGUUCAGAGUAGUAGUAGUUGCAGCUUAGUAGAUAAUGAUGCUGGAAUAGUAGAAAAAAACCAAGAAAAUACAGUUGCUGCCAUUGACAAGGC